AUGGAGGCAACCGGUCACUUGUCUCCGUCAGAAUCUCCAUCCCAACCAACAUUGCAGAUAAACUCAGUUUCUGUGACAUCAUCAUGCUGUGGUUCUUUUUCCUGUUGGGUCUGGCUGUGGGUGCUGUGUCUACUUCAGAAGACCUGUCAGUGGAUCUCCAGGAAAACAGCCGUCGCCACACAUUUGACCUGGGCUGAUGCAGAGCUUUACUGUGUGUCAGAGGGAGCCAACCUGGUGUCUAUCCACAGUCAAGAGCAAGAUCAUUUUGUCAAAACCCUGAUCAAAAACUUUGACCCUAACGAGGGAUUCACAUGGAUCGGACUCAGUGACCUCCACAAAGAAGGAAGCUGGAUGUGGUCUGAUGGGACUGCAGCCAACUUUUUCUUUUGGGAUGCAGGACAGCCAGACAACCUAGGAGGUGAACACUGUGGCCACCACAACUUGGCUCAUAAAUGGAAUGAUUGGAUAUGUUCUAAAACCAUUCCCUCAGUUUGUGCAUUGCGCAAAACUUGAGUUUAGCAACUGAGAUGUUACAUCUGUCUGAUUGAACCAGGUCACUGUAAAACUGUUACUCUGUUAACGUGUUUUUGACCACAAUAAAGACAUGAAUGUAAACUUA